AUGCUUUGCCCAGACCCCGUCCGCGGCCUCGACGGCGCCGCCACCGCUAGUGCGGGCCGCACCCGGCUGCCCGCGCGCGGCGCGGGGCGGGGAGGCGGCGCGCCGCUGCGCUCAGUUGGAGCGCGAGCCGGGCAAUCGGCGAGUGCACGGCGGGCGGAGAACGCGGCGUCGGCGGGCGACGGGACAUGCCGCUCGCGGGUCGCGGGAUCUCACCCCCUCGCGGCAAGCGGCGGCGACGACGACGGCGGCGGCGGCGCGACGCCCGCUCUGCGAACGCGCCCGCGCGGCGCGCCGACGACGAUGCGAGUGACGGCGCCGGGCCGGCCCGCGGGUGACCCCCGGGCCCCCGCGGCGAAGCCGGGCGGCGGUGAGCAGGACUCGACGCGGACUGUGUGCGCGGACCCCGGGAUGCGCGGCAAGUGUCGCCCGUGCAGGACACGGUGUUCGUGCGUGGACGCUAGUGUUGCGAUUGUGCUUGCGGUGACGAUGUUCCUGGGCCUGCUGACUCCGGCGGCGGCGAGCGUCAUGGGAGACGAUUGCGACUGGUUCGGAAGUUUGUGUGAAGUGAUUUUGAAGUGUGUGAUCGCGAUGUGGAUUGGUUCGACUACUUGUGAUGCAUUCCAGAACGGGACGACUCACAUACAUUCAAGAAGACCACACCUCGGUGGGGUGAAGGACCUGCAGCCUGGGUUCCGUUCGCGGGGCGGGCUAGCGCUAACGGCCGGGCUAUUUCGGUCGUCUCGCGCCCUGCGGGCCGACUUCCGCAUCGGUUCCCACGGUGGGAUGGGCGAACAGGUGCUGCACCUGCAGGCUCCUUCCGAUUCGCUAAAUUUCUUGCUCGAUCUCAAUAAUAAUAAUAAUAAUAAUAAUAAUAAUAAUAAUAAUAAUAAUAAUAAUAAUAAUAAAAACAUGCUCGUGUUAGUUAUUGUGUAA